AAGGGAUAAUCUGACAAUUAUUAUUUUGCUUUUAUUUUACUAUGGAUUCGUCAAAUGACUGGAAUUGUUAUCAAGAAGAGUACGAACAAGACUCAGAUACAGAAAUAAGUUCAUUGGACUGGUUGGUCUCGUUCUGCAACAACAAUACCAGUUUAAGUUCUCCAUCUGAUGAAAGUUCUGAAGAUUAUGAUAGCAGUGACAGUGAGAAGAAGGAGGAGGAGGAAGAAAAGGAGUCUACUUGUAUUGAUGGUGAGGAUUUUGAUGGUCUUCCCUGUACAUCAAAGCUUAAGAAGAAAGCGAGUGCUUAUGCACUUGAUGUUUCUUUUCAAACUGGAAGUUACCCAGAGUUUAAAGGUUUGGAAGGUCCAUCACCUGUUGUUGAUCAUUCUAUGAGUCCUUUUGAUCUUGUCAAACUUCUUUGGCCGGAUUCAAUAUGUGAGUUGACAGCCAAAGAAACUAACAGGUAUGCCAUUGUACAUCGUAAAAUUAGGAAGUGGAAAAAUGUAACUACUGAAGAAGUUUGGGCAUUUUUAGGGAUAACUGUAGUGAUGGGAAUUCAUCGUUUGCCUGAAAUAGACAAUUACUGGAGCUCUGACCCUUUACUUGGUGUUGAAUCUGUUAAAAAGUGUCUCGUAAUAGGUUUUGGGCAAUUAGAGGUUACAUACAUUUGGUAGAUAACAGCAGUGUAGAGAAAACAUCAAGCCUGAGUUAGAAGCUCAAGCCUGUAGUUGAAGUUUUAUGUCAUACAUUUUUGGCCCAUUUUAAUCCUGGUCAAGAGCUUUCUUUAGAUGAAGCCAUAGUUAAGUACAAAGGUAGGAGCAGUGGGAAAGUUAAAAUGCCCAAAAAACGCACUCAAAAAUGAUUUAAGGUUUGGUCUU